AUGGAAAUCACUAAUUGCUAACAUCCAAAUCACGAUUCUCAACGCAUCAAAUAUGUUUGUGUUGAUCCCUAAUGCUCUAUUCCCAAAAAAAUAGGAUGUGCUGAUUGUUUUCUUGAUGAUCACAUCACUCAUAUUAGAAAAACAACUACUUAAUUCAAAGAUUUCGUAAAUGAUUCCAUUUAACAAAUCAACUCAGUUGAAUUUCAACAAGCCUCUAAUUCACCUCAGAAGGAUUUGGAGAAGUAAAUUGACACAGAAUUAGACAGCUGUAUGGAUUGCAUUAAAUAAAAAUUCAAUUCGAUUAAAGGGGAUCUCAAAGGGCAAAUAGAUAGUGAUAUGAUUAAAAUAUCAGAUAAUUGCACUUAAUAUCAAUUAAAUAUGAAUAAUGAACUUGAACCAUUCAAAUCUACAAUCAGAAAUGAUUUGCAUAUUUUAAAUUAAACUGAACUCAAUUCAUUAGUUAAAUUUUAUUAAGAAGCUCCUAAAAUACACAAACAUUAUAGCAAAGCAGCAGAAUAAGUAUAGGAGGAAAAACAAAAGAUAAAAUAAAAAAAAUAAAAAUACUUAGCAAAAAUGCGAAGUAUUAUGCAAAUAUUACUCAAGGAUUUCAAUGAAUUAAUGACAUCUAAAAAUGUACAAUUCGAUGAUUGCUGUGAUUAUGAAACCCCUCAAAAGCAAGUAAUGUCACCAAAUAAAAUGAUUAAUCUAGUAGAAACAGCUCGUUCUUCAAGGAGAUUCCCCAUGUCAUAAACAUAAAAAAAAUAUUUCUUAGCUGCUGUUACCAAAAAGUUGGAAUGA